GACUAACCAAGACUUACUGUCAGUAAGGCUGAGAAGGGUCCCAAUCAUGGACAAAGAUACAAUUUCAGACGAAAUUAAAUGGGCUUUUGAUGGGCAGUCUGGAAGGGAUGUGGAGCCAGAACCUGUUCGAGAAACGGUAGAGGAGAAAACAGGAAACCCGUAUAUCAAUAGAAGCCAAAACAGUGAAUUACGUGAAGCUACAGAGAUAGAACAGGAUACCUAUAUGGCGAUGGUAGAUGCCCCAUUGGAGACGGCCCCGACACAAUUAAACAUGCACAAUGAAGAGAUAGUCUUGCCAAACAACUUGGAACUCACUUCGGCAACACCAAUAGAUGCAAACAAGGAGAACAUUGCUCCAGCAGGUCCAAUUAGGAAUGAGGAGGAAAAAGAUAAGAUUAACAACAAUACGUUACAUGAGCAGUCAUUACUACUCAACAAUGGAACUACAAACAUAAUACAACCAGAGGUGGACGAUGGUUUCACUGAAGUUACAUAUAACAAGAAAAAGAAAAAAAAGGACAAAAAAGACAGGAGAGAAAUUCUGGCCCCAUAUAAAAAACCCAAAACAUCCCAAUAA